AUGUUACCUAGAAAUUUGUUUCAAAAAUUUUUAAAUGUCCAUGUUAAAUGUCGUGGUAUGUCAUGUUCCUCAUAUUUAUUGAACAAUGAAGUUCCUACGGAAGAAAAAGAUGAGAUUGAUGAAUUUGAAAGUCUUUUAAUAGAAUCUAUUGAAGAAACAAAAGGCGAAGAGGGACGACUUGUUAUGGGAAGAAUAGUGCACAGAGUGAAUGAUGAUUUAUAUGUUGAUAUGAAUCUUAAAUUUAAUGCCGUAGUCAAAGCUCCUGAAAAGGAACGUCAGAAAUAUACUAUAGGAAAGAAUGUUUUGAUGAGAUUAAUUGAUCCUGAAUUGUCAGAAAAAUUUUUAGGUUCAAAAAGAGAUUUAACACUACUUGAAGCUGAUGCUAUUUUGAUAAAACUUUUAGAUGAUGGACUAGUAGACGAUAAUUUAUCUUAUCCUUUUAAAUAA